UUGUAUUUUUCUGACAUAAAGAAAACGAAACCAAACACUCCGCAAGAAAGGAAGGCAUAACAGAAGUACGAAGGAAGGUGAAAAAAAUGGAAGAUAUAUGGAAGAGAGCGAAAGUGUUCGCAGAAGAAGCGGCUAAAAAAUCACAAACCCUAACUUCAUCAUCCAACAAAAUCGCCGAUCUAGUCGCUGAAACAGCCAAAAAGUCCAAAGAACUUGCAUUGGAAGCUUCCAAAAAAGCCGAUCAGCUAAAAACAGCCGCUCUGAAACAAGCCGAUCAGAUCCAAAUCAAGUCAUUUGCCGAUAUUAUCCCUCCUCAACUAUCAUCUCUCUCCAUUGUCAAUCCUUCUUCUGCAUCUUCAUCUUCAUCUUCGGAUCCAGAGGAGCUUCGAAAAUUUGGAGUAACUGAUGAUUUGAGAGACUUUGUGAAGGGACUUACUUCUAGUACUUUCCAGAAUUUUCCUAUUCAAGAUGAAGCUGAGGUGUCUGAUGUUGCGACCACAGGAUCAAAUGUACGGAAAGAUCUUAAUGAGUGGCAAGAGAGGCAUGCUACUCUCGUUCUCACUAAUGUUAAGCAAAUCUCGAAGUUAAGAUAUGAAUUAUGCCCUCGUGUGAUGAAAGAAAGGAGAUUCUGGAGAAUUUAUUUUACACUUGUGAGCACUCAUGUUGCACCGUAUGAGAAACAGUAUAUGGAGGAGGUUAAGCGCAAAGAAGAAGAAAAACAGAUAAAAGAUGAAAAAUCCAAUCAAAGUGCAGUAUCUGGAGAGAAUUCUGGUUCUGAUGUGAAAGACAAGAAUCUGAAAAGCAGGCUGCCAACUGCAUCAUCAGCUGAGCAGGAAUUGGAUACUUUUCUUUUGGGAGAUCUUGAAGACAGUGAUGGGGGUCCAGAUGAUGGUGAUGGCAGCUUUGAUGAUGAUUUUGACAAGAUUGACAAUUCUGAUAUUGAAGAUGAGAAGCAUUUGAAGAAAGCUAGUGCUAUGGAUGAUUAGGUUUAAGAGACUAUGGAGUAAAAUUAAGUAUUUGGAAUGAGUGAAGGCUGGAAAGGGAACAGAAACAAAAAAGGAAGAAGUUGCUCUCUACCUCAGAAAUUAUUAUGGUGCUUAUGGGAGAAACAUAUGUAAAGCAAAUGUCAAUCCGGCAGAUGCAAAAUCCAGGGCAGUUAGUAAGAUGUCGUUUAUGUUCAUUCGUUUAUUUAAAUAUGUGGACAGUGAUAGAUUAUAUUGGCUGUUUGUUGAAAAUUUAGAGGAGGCCAAAACUCAAUUGCCUUGUACAGAUUUCUUGAUUCGGUUGAUUCAUAAUUUAAAGUUUCUAUGAAUAUAUUCAAGUCGCA